AUGUCGGACUCAAAGCAAAUGCACCUGACGGCCUUCAUGCGGCCAGUCAGUCUGCACACCGGAGCAUGGCGGUACCCGGGGUCAUAUCCCGACGCGAACUUCAACCUGGCGCACCUGAAAUCAUUCAUCCAGAAGCUGGAGCAGGGCAAAUUCGACGCCUUCUUCAUGGCGGACCACCUGGCGGUGCUGAACAUGCCGGUGGAAGCCCUGAAGCGCAGCCAGACAAUCACGUCGUUCGAGCCGUUCACCCUUCUAUCAGCUUUGUCGCAGGUGACGGAGAAGAUCGGGCUCGCGGCGACGGCGUCGACGACGUACGACGAAGCAUACCACAUCGCCCGCCGCUUCGCGUCGCUGGACCAUCUCAGCAACGGCCGGGCGGCAUGGAACAUCGUGACGACGGGGAACCCGGAGUCGUCCAAGAACUUCAACCGCGACGAACACGUCGAGCAUGCCGAGCGGUAUAAGCGGGCGCGCGAGUUCUACGACGUGGUGACGGGCCUGUGGGACAGUUUCGCCGACGACGCAUUCGUGCGCGACCAGGAGAGCGGGAUUUUCUUCGACCCGGAGAAAAUGCACGUAUUGAACCACGUCGGCGACGAGCUCAAGGUCAAGGGCCCCUUGAACAUCGCGCGGCCUGUCCAAGGGUGGCCCGUCAUCGUGCAAGCCGGCCAGUCGGAGCCCGGGAGACAGUUGGCCGCCGAGACGGCCGAGGCGGUCUUCUGCUCGCCGCGCAACCUCGAAGCGGCGAAACAGUUGUACGCCGAUAUCAAGGGCCGCGCCGUUGCUGCUGGGCGCAAUCGCGAUCAUCUCAAGAUCCUACCCGCUGCGCUCAUCAUCGUCGGUGACUCGGUCGAGCAGGCGAAAGCCAAACGACUGAAGCUGGAUAGUCUGGUCCACUAUGAUAGCGCUAUUGCUUCGCUGUCGGUCGCGCUGGGCACUGAUGCGUCUCAAUUCGACCCGGACGGUCCACUGCCGAAAGACAUCCCCGACACUAAUGCCAGCAAGACGAGUCGCGAUUCAGUCAUCAGGCUCGCCGAGGAGGAAGGGUUGACUGUGCGCCAGUUGGCAGGGCGGUAUGGUGGGUAUUCCGGCCUAGCGUUUGUCGGCACGCCUGAGUCCAUCGCGGAUGAAAUGGGUACUUGGCUCAAGGAGGAGGGCGCGGAUGGCUUCACGGUCGUGUUUCCCUUCCUGCCGCAAGGCUUGAAUGAUGUCGUUGACAAGCUGGUGCCGGAAUUGCAGCGGCGUGGCAUCUUCCGGCGCGACUAUGAGGGCACCACGUUGCGGGAACAUCUUGGUCUUCCGCGGCCGAAGAACCAGUUCUUCUCGUGA